CUUAGUGCGCUUAUGAAGAAGAAUGAAAAACUGUGGAAUAACGUAUUCAGCGCAUUAAUACGUAUGGUCUCUUAAACAUCUUCCUUAAAAGAUGUCUUCAUACGUUAGUCUCUUAAUACUUGUAUACGUAGUUAAUAUAUCUGACAAAUCGUUCGGUGAGAUGUUCACUUCAGUGAUGAGCGUGAAGCAAGCCGUUUUCGCAGAAAGACAACUCAUCGAUUAUUUAAGAACUUAUUUAGAAAACGAAAUGCAAAGACUUGAUGAUAUUAAAAGGUUCUUCUCAAGAGUCACGUCAUUGCACAGUGGGAUAUACCAUGAGCCAUCAGCUACCAUAGCUAAUCCAAUUGUUGCAUUCAAACUGGUCAAAAGACUCAAGUCUGAAUGGAUGAAUGUUGUCCAUAGCAAUGAAGCCGAAGAAAAUAUUGACGCCCUUAGGGAGGGCUACAGGAGAAUGGAAGGCAGCUUACCCAAACUGGAAGACCUUCAGGGAGCAGCGCAGGGGCUGAUGAGACUUCAGGAUGUGUAUGAUCUACGUGUGGAGGGCCUUGUGCGAGGUCACUUCCAGCAAAUCACAAAUGGAGAUCCAGUUGAUAUUUACAAACCUCCUGUGUCUGAUACGCUAUCUGGGGAUGAUUGCUUCCUUGUUGGAAAGGUGGCCUAUGAUUUGGAAGAUUAUUACCAUUCUGUGCAAUGGUUUGAGGAGGCAGUUCGUCUCUUUCGAGGAACAGAAUGGAGUCCAGAAAAUGAAGGCACACUUGAAGAUGCCCUUGACCAUCUAGCUUUCUCUCAUUUUAAGACCGGAAACAUAUCUUUCGCUCUCAGUGUCUCCCAGGAACUAUUGCUUCAUGAUCCUGUGAACAGUAGGGUGCAUUUCAACGUGAAGAAGUAUGAGAAGCUCCUAGAUGAAAGUCCGCCUGUUAAAAACCAGGGUUUGGUUUUGAAAAGGCCUGACUCCACCUAUCUAAGGACCAGGAAUGUCUAUGAGAAGCUGUGUCAAACAAAAGGUUCUCAGCCAAAGCAUUUUGAGAACCCCAGGUUGUUCUGUGACUUUUUCACCAAUGGCAACCCUGGCCUACUUCUGCAACCAAUUAAAAGAGAGCUAAUCAGCCUGCACCCUUAUCUUGUACUCUUCCAUAGCUUUGUUACCCGAGCUGAAGCUAAAAGCAUCAGAGAAUAUGCCAUUCCAGGGCUCAGAAGAUCAGUGGUGGCAUCAGGAGUGAAUCAGUCCACUGCGGAAUAUCGCAUCAGCAAGAGUGCAUGGCUUAAAGAAUCACCCCAUGGAGUUGUGGGCAAAGUGGACCGGCGCAUCACUAUGGUCACUGGGUUGAAUGUGCAGCCUCCUUAUGCUGAAUAUCUUCAAGUUGUAAAUUAUGGCAUUGGAGGACACUAUGAACCUCAUUUUGACCAUGCCACCUCUAACUCUAGUCCAUUGUACAGACUAAAAACUGGGAAUCGUGUGGCUACAUUCAUGAUAUAUUUGAGCUCUGUGGAAGCAGGAGGAUACACAGCGUUUAUUUACGCUAACUUCAGUGUUCCUGUAGUGGAGAAUGGUGCUCUCUUUUGGUGGAAUCUUCAUAGAAAUGGUCAAGGAAAUGUUGACACUCUUCAUGCUGGCUGUCCUGUUAUUGUUGGCGAUAAGUGGGGUAUGAUUGUUGUAUCACCUAUUAUAUCCAAAGCAACUUACAUUGCAUUCAAGUUGCCAAUAAGUGGGUUCAUGAGUAUGGCCAGGAGUUCCAACAUCGUUGUAGCCUUAAUCCUGAGGAAUGAAGAAAGCAAUAGUCCAUUUAAAGCAUAAGAGUCAGUCCCCUUGAAGGAGUAAAACUGGCAAUAAAUGAAAUGAAAAGCUGAAGAUGGGAGAGAGAUGUCUGCCUUUAUGAGUGAUCUGAGACCACAGACUUAAGGAGAGCGACACAUGGAUAAUUAUCAUGGCUGUCUAAAGAGCACAGGAAAAAGAAAUUGCCACAGUUUAUGUUUCUGUGUGGGUUAAAGAAUGGUUUGGCAUACAGCCCUAAGAGCAAGCUGACCUUUUCUUCCUGCUUUCCAAGAUAAACACCAGAAUGUUUGGUGAAAAUGUAAACUACAGAUGUUGACAUGUAAACACACACACACACCAAAAAGAAUAAUUUGCUCACUUGGAUGUUUCUUUAUUUUGACCCACUACUUGUAUCUAGUGCAAAUCUGGUACAAUAGUAUGUUGUUUAUGGUUGCAAAGUAACUCACAUAAAUGUUAUAAACAUACACAAAUAAACAAUUAAAUGAGAUAUCCUUUUUUGUAAAGUAUUUAAUUACCCUCAAACUAGCUGUUUUUGUUUGUAUAAUGUAUCGUCAUAUACUUUGUAACAUUGCUAUGAUAUAAAAUAUCAAAAUAGUAAUAGCAAAAUGAUUUAAAUAUGUCAUUUUUUAAUAGCUUUCAUCAAGUAUGGAGCUGACAUUCAAUUAUGUUUAAAUAUCAGAGAUUGUAAAAACCUGAAUGGUAUUUUAUUUAAAACCACUGUAAGUCCUAAUUUUAGAAUCAUCAAGUGUAAUGUAAUAGAGACCAAUGUCCUCUGCUGUUGGAAUAAUGAAAGUGAACAAAAAAAAAAGUGGAAGUCUUGACAUUUGCCAUGUAUGGUAACCCAGAGCACACCGAGAGCAAUUGGCUAUAUAUCCAGGGGUUCAGUGCCUUGCUCAAGGGCACUUCAGCCAUGACUUAAGGAGAAUGACACAUGUAUAAUUAUCAUGGCUGUCUAAAGAGCACAGAAAAAAAACUGCCACACUUUAUGUUUCUGUGUGGGUCAAAGAAUGGUUUGGCAUACCGCCCUAAGAGCAAGCUGACCUUUUCUUCCUGCUUUACAAGAUAAACACCAGAAUGUUUGGUGAAAAUGUAAACUACAGAUGUUGACAUGUAAACACACACACACCAAAAAUAAUAAUUUGCUCACUUGGAUGUUUCUUAAUUUUGACCCACUACUUGUAUCUAGUGUAAAUCUGGUACAAUAGUAUGUUGUUUAUGGUUGCAAAGUAACUCACAUAAAUGUU